ACAUUCAUUUAUUGGAGUAUUUUUGGUUAGGCAACAACAGUACAAACAAAGAUAAUUAUGUCAGCKAUCAACCUUUGCUGGCGUUUCUACAUGGUUUUCCAUGGUAUCGCUAUUUUGGUAUUUGUUGUUCAAUCCACUAUCCAAGCACCUAGGACUAUCGAAUGUGCUGUUGGUAAAGAUGUAGUACUUCRUUGGAAUUCAACAGUUGGUAUUAAUGCUGUAACAUGGGGACUGAAAGAACCUGGCGCGCUCCGAAUCAUGAAGCAGCUCAUUUAUACUUCGAUUUUUGUAACCCACAUUUCAGACGCCGUCUAUUAUAAAGGACGAUUAAGUUUUAUAGGUAAUUUGACUGCAGGCCUUGCUUGGUUUAAGAUAUCAAAUCUGACGCUUGGCGAUACCAACUACUAUGGUGCAGAAAUACAUGAGAAAGGGAUAUCUGAAGUCAUAUUUUCCAAUGUUUAUUUCAAGUUAGUGGUUAUAGCCAAUUCGCUAUUACAAGUACCUCAGCCAUUGGUGCGAGCAGUUGGAAAAGAUGCAGUUUUUCAGUGGAACUCCACAAAUAUUAUCGUUGCAGUGAGAUGGGGAAUAUUAGAUAUUAGCAGGCGGAAUAUGAUACUGGUGUUCAUGGAGGACACAGUUAUCAACCCUGCACUAGCUAGCGGGCCCUACAAAGGAAGAAUUAGCUUCGUUGGCAAUUUAACGGCAGGUCGUGCCUGGUUUAAAUUAACAAAUCUAACCCUUGGUGACACCAACCACUAUGGCGCACAAAUACGGGAGAAAGGAUCUUCUGAAUUGUUUUCUAGUGUGCACUUGAAAGUCAUAGAUGUAGCGCCACACUUUACCAAAGAACCACCAAGAAUAUUGUACGCCCAAUUAGGUGAAGCUGCUAUUUUUGAAUGGGAUUAUAUUUCUGGAAAUAAAACAACGGAUUUUGAUCCUCUAUCGCCUCGUUGGGAGGUUUAUARUAGUGCCAAUGGCUGGAAAGCAAUCGGUGCUGACUAUAGCACAUUAGAUUGGCAAUGGAAACUUAGUUCAUCUUGUCCAGAAAGACUGCGGAAUCCUACUAGAGUAAGCAAGGCUUCGUCUGCCAGCCUUGUUAUAUAUAAUGUAACCAUAGAAGAUAGUGGAAUCUAUAGAUGCAAUCUAACGUUAAGACAUCGAGCUCCAAUAACCAGUACGGCAACACUGAUAGUCACAGCUCAACCACACUUCACUUCUCCAUCAUCGCCUAUAUUAAAUGUUGCCGAGAAUAAAGAUAUCAAGUUGCCUUGUACAGCAGUUGGUCCCCCGACGCCCAAUGUUACAUGGUUUCACUUACAAGGUGUUGAAAGGGUUGCGAUUGCUGAAGGAGCAGGCAAUGCAACACUAACAAUAAUCAACAUCAAAAGAGAUCAAAAUGGGACGUACGAAUGCCAGGCGGUAAACAAUCCAAACCAAAACCCUGUUAGCAUCCAGACGACGAUAAAUGUCAUGUAUCCACCAGAGAUAGAUCAUUCACGUUCAGAUAAUAUAAUAAAAUCACUGCGCCACGRGUACACUCGACUACGUUGUGCAGCCAGCGGAUUCCCUCCUCCAAAUAUCACGUGGUACAGCUUCAAUAAACAACCAAUCGUGCAAAACGUGACGUCCUUUCCUGGUUUUAGUGAAGUGUCAAUCAAAAUAGAAAACAUACAUGCUUCUGCAAUAUACAUGUGCCGUGCUGAGAAUACUUUAGGAUAUAAGGACCACAAUUUGACUGUAAUAGUUCAUAGUGAACCCAAUGCUGAACAAUGUGGCAAAAUUUCAGACAGAGGAGCAAUCGACUUUGUUUCAUCUCCAGUAUUCGUCGUCUGCAUUGUCAUUAUCAUUAUAUCAAUUAUUGGCAAUGCAAUUUGCAUAUUCCUCAUUACCAAGUGCUACCAUCAGAGAAAAAAUGGUUAUAAAAGCAGAAAGAGAGAAGGCUCCGAUAAGGGUGUACUGAACAUGUCAGUAAUUCCAGAUACAAGUUCUCCUCCAAUAUUGGCACAUAGUGUAUCUAGCAGCAGUACAGAAGAAAGGAAUGAAACGGCUUACGAACAGCCUACUUUGAUAGGAGCUGCUCCUAAAAUACACUACCCUUAUGAGAUUCCAGAAAUCCAUGCAGUGGACGAUGCUAAUGCAAGCAGUUCACUAACUGGUACCUACCAGGAACUCAAUAUUCUCCAGCAAACUGCACGUGAUUAUCAGAGUCUUCAAGGCGUGCGAUCAGCGGUUCCAAGUAGACCUCUCUGCUCCCAAACUGAAGUAGACAAUGCCUACGAACCUUUGAAGAAAACCAACAAGCCUCAUUAUGAGAAGUUUAGCCGGGCGUAAGAGAACAUAACUUGAAAUCACACUACUAUUUGUGUCCGACAAACUAACAAUUAUCAAAAACUUUUAAUGUUGAUAUAUCUUCAUUACUCCCUAAUCUAAAAAGCUGACCAGGCAUUGAUGACCAGGCAUUGAUGACCAGGCAUUGAUGAGAUUCUACAUUCCUUAGGACGUUUUAUGUCACAAGAAUUUCCUUUGCGACUUGAUAAGACUUCACAAGAUAUUGAAUAAAAUGCAUGAUUAUGAAUUACCAGA